CUAGGAGGGGAAGAACGGAAGUCCUUCCGCCUCCGCCCGCCCCCACGCUCCCUUCAGUCCCUCCCCUCAGCUCCGUGCGCAAGGUCGUGUCCCGGAAGUGAAGGGGCCAUGUUGGUGGGUGACCCCGGGAGAGGUACCGGGCGAGAGGCGAAUCCCGAGGAGUGGUAACGCGCGCAGUCCGCGGGUGAGACAUGGCAGGCUCUGGUGAGCGCAAAGGCAAGAAGGAUGACAAUGGCAUAGGCACGGCCAUCGAUUUUGUGCUCUCCAAUGCCCGGCUGGUGCUGGGGGUGGGCGGGGCAGCCAUGCUGGGCAUCGCCACACUGGCCGUGAAGCGGAUGUACGAUAGGGCCAUCAGCGCCCCCGCCAGCCCCACCCGCCUGAGCCACUCGGGGAAGAGGAGCUGGGAGGAGCCGAACUGGAUGGGUUCGCCCCGAUUGCUGAAUAAAGAUGUGAAGACGGGCCUGAGCCGCUCCCUGCAGACCCUUCCCACGGACUCCUCGGCCUUUGACGCAGAUACAUUCUGCCCACCCCGGCCCAAGCCGUUGGCCAGGAAGGGCCAGGUAGACUUGAAGAAGUCACGACUGCGCAUGUCCCUGCAGGAGAAACUCCUUACUUACCACCGGGACCGGGCGGCCAUCCCUGCCGGCGAGCAGGCGCGGGCCAAGCAAGCGGCCGUGGACAUCUGCGCCGAGCUCCGGAGCUUCCUGCGGGCCAAGUUGCCUGACAUGCCACUUCGGGACAUGUACCUGAGUGGCAGCCUCUACGAUGACCUGCAGGUGGUGACAGCUGAUCACAUCCAGCUCAUCGUGCCCCUGGUGCUGGAGCAGAACCUGUGGUCGUGCAUCCCCGGCGAGGACACCAUCAUGAACGUCCCCGGCUUCUACCUGGUUCGCCGUGAGAACCCAGAGUAUUUUCCCCGGGGAAGCAGUUACUGGGACCGCUGUGUAGUUGGGGGCUAUCUUUCCCCCAAGACGGUGGCAGACACAUUCGAGAAGGUAGUGGCUGGCUCCAUCAACUGGCCAGCCAUAGGGUCCCUCUUGGACUACGUGAUCCGGCCCGCGCCACCCCCAGGGGCCCUGACAUUGGAAGUGCAGUAUGAGCGCGACAAGCAUCUUGUCAUUGACUUCCUGCCGUCAGUGACCCUCGGCGACACCGUCUUGGUAGCCAGACCACACCGGCUGGCUCAGUAUGACAACCUGUGGCGGCUGAGCCUGCGGCCCGCAGAGACAGCACGCCUGCGGGCUUUGGACCAGGCCGACUCGGGCUGCCGAUCUCUGUGCCUCAAGAUCCUCAAGGCCAUAUGCAAGUCCACUCCGGCUCUGGGCCACCUCACUGCCAGCCAGCUCACCAACGUCAUCCUCCACUUGGCCCAGGAGGAGGCUGACUGGUCUCCAGACAUGUUGGCCGACCGCUUCUUGCAGGCCUUGAGGGGACUUAUCAGCUACUUAGAGGCCGGAGUCCUGCCCAGUGUUCUGAACCCCAAGGUAAACUUGUUUGCAGAGCUCACUCCCGAAGAAAUAGACGAAUUGGGAUACACUCUCUAUUGCUCACUGUCCGAGCCGGAGGUGCUGCUGCGCACGUAGGGCAGGUGAAGGCCAAAGUGGACGUCAGGGCGCCAGACCCUGGCUUCUCCGUUAGAAACACGUGGCUGCACAGCGGUGCCUCCCAGGGUCCCUGGGUGCCUCCUGUCUUGCUGGUCAUCGCCCGGGUCACCUCAUGCUGAUUAGAAUGCCAUCUUUUGGCCACCUCUCUCCUCCCCUUUCCUCCCCUUUCUAUUUUUGUUACCAAACACUGUGCUCCUCCUCCUUCCCUGCCCCCUUGCUCCAGGCUGACUUCCCUGGAAUGAAUUGGGAAGGGGAAGCACCGGCCUGACCUGAGCUGCUGUUUUACAACUCGGCCCAGGUUUUCUGCUCCUGUCUGCUCUUUGGCCCCUCUCUUUCCAGUGUCUUCUCUGUUGUUUCCUCUUGUUCAUGCCUUCUGUUUUGUCUCCCCCCCCCCCACCCCCAAGCCUAUGUGCCCAGUCAAAGUGUUGCCUUUGUGUUGAAUGUCACAGAAGGGUUCUGAUCGAACAUUUCCAAGCUGAGCUCUGCAGAGAGCACGCUCGGACAGCAAGCCGAGCUCUGCAGAGAGUGCGCUCAGACAGUAUUCCGAGUUUCUGGGGCUAAAACUGGUGGGAGAGCUGGCCCUUGGCCCCGGUUCCUGGAGCAGAAGCCCACACCCCCCACAUCCUGACCAGCUCAGAUUCCUAAGUGCUGAGAAGGUCCCUCCUGGGGCCACUGUUAGUGACCCACGCGGGAGUGAGGCCCAAGAUAAACCGGAUGCAAAGGUGCCUGGAGAUUGUGGUUUUCAGUGGCCAUCUGUGAGACCACGGUGGGCGAGCCGGAGGUGGUGAGGAGGGCCCGGGGAGGGCAUGUGUGCCUGAAGUCUACGCCUCCCCCUUGGCUGGGUCUGAUCAGCACGCUGCGUGAGCGCCUGGAGGCCGAGGGAAGGAAUGGGCUGCCGGGGCGCCACCGCCUGCACCAGCGCUGCUGUUCGGUCCCUUCCUCGUCUUCUUGCCAAUCAGGACAAGGCCUUCGAGGACACGGCCUCCGUGGUGGAGGUUGAGGGGAGGCUUGGCGACCGUGUUUCUCCCCCAGCAGGCCCUGCCCCUCUGGGAUGUCGCCUUAGAGCAGGAACUUGAGAGCGGUGCGAGCUGGGACCCCAGGCACCGCCAAAGGGCCGGCAGAGUCGCGCCGAGCUCUUCCCCGUCCCAUCUCAGCCCGCACCCGGGGAGACUGGUGCUAUGUAGGGACAGUGCGCGGGGAGAAAACCCGGAGGAGAGGGGGCGCAGCAUCCUCCGCCCCCUCAUUUCCCGCUGCUAAAACCGCGCUGUGUGUAUCGCAACGUGCAAAGUGUGGUGCGGGCGGGGAGGACCGUCUGAUACCCAUCGUCCGUGGUCUUGUGUAGCGCUUUCCUCCUGUUCGUGGCAAGAAGCCAAUAAUAAUUGUUUCUGAUCUGCCAUCCAGUAUUUUGUUCUCCCAUCGAGUUUUAUUGUUUUUCCUAUUCUUCCUACCUCUCCACCUGGGAGAUUCCGGUGAAGCUCCCCGCUGUCUCGUUCCUUCCCAAGGACAGCAGCAUGAAAUGGCUCUAAACAGCACUGAACCCUCAGCUGCCCUUUGAAUUUAGGGUAGAUGUUCCUGUCCCCUUUUUGUCAUGGAUUAGGAGGUCACGAACCAGGGUAGACCUUGGCUGUGUUGGGAAAAUUUUCCUGUUUCUCUUGUAUAUAUGCAGAAGUUCCUUAACGUGGCUUGGGUGUUUCAUUUGUAUGAAGCUCCUGAGAGAGAAUGAAAAAUAGAAAGCCCAGAACCCCGCGAGUUUCUCCCCCGGGCUGUUCAUCAGAAUCCAGUGAGAGUUGAAAGGAAAUCUCUGUGCCUGAGUGCCGCCCGAGGUGGCUGGCGUGGAGGGGUGGGUGGAGCCUGGCCUUGGUGGUUCUGGUGCACCCAUCUGGUAUCCGCUAGAGGGAAGGGAGAGGGGAGGUCGCAAAAGCAUGGGCUAGUCUUCAUUGAGGUAAAGGGGUUGGUUUUCCCAGAGUAUCAUAGAAUCCAGUUUUCUCAAGCUGGCAUCUCUGACCAAAUUCCAUCGAAAGCAUUGGACAUUGGAGGGGGAGCUGAAAAAAAAAAGAUUUUAAAGACUUAAGUUCCAAAUGACCAAGGCCAAGUGUAACUGCGAUUUGGUUUUAUCUCCUAUCUUAAAGAGCAACACAAGGGCAUCUCUGACUCUUACCUAUGUUUCACAAAACCAAAGACCAUGACUUUCUUACUUCACAAGCAAGACCCCCCCCGGAAGUCCUCAGAACAAGCAGCAGUGGAAAUUCUUGGCCCUGGUCCUAGGGGGUUUGCGGACGGAGACUGGGCAAGCCUCGUGAAACACAGACGCUUGUCCGGUGUUUUGAGAUUCUUGGAUAGAAGAGGGCAACAUUCGGCACCCCCUCCCAGUUUUUUUAGUCUUUGGGGAAGGAUGUCGUGCCUUUUCCCUGCCGUCCCGCCUUUCUCCUCAGUAACUCCCUCCCACCUUUGCCGGAAGUAAUGGCAUCUGCUUCUGCUUCUCUGGAAAUUUUUUUUGCACCAUUUGCAUCAGCAAACCACAGAGUUCGCCUCAUGCUUAAUAUACUUAUUGUCUCGAAAACAUAAUUCCAAAGUAUAUUUUGGUUUUUUUUCCCCUGUUGCCCCUUCCUAAAAAAGGAGUUCAGGAUAACAGUAUUUUUAGGACAUGCUUUGUUGUGACGUUCCCCCCCUCAAAUAAAUCAUCAGAAUUAAGGUUUGGAAAA